CGCAGAGACCGGAGCCCGGGAGGCGGGACCGGAGCUGGGGGCGGAGCUUCGGGACCAGCGGGGCUACGCACCGGGACCCCCGGGGACGGAGACGCGCGCCCCUCUCCAAUCCCACGUUGCCUCGCAGCGUCCCGGCGGGGAGGAGCCGGCCACCGGAGUCACUCAGCGUCGCCAAAGUUUGAUUCUCCUCCCCGGGAGGAGUCUCGGGGCCGCGGUCCCUCCGGGCACCGGGCGCCACCCGCCUCCCAGGCCGGGACCCGCAUCUCCAUCGCUCGGUGUCGGAUCCGCAAGUCGGGAGGCGCCGCGGGCCUGCGCACGCGCCGCCGCCCUCGCCAUCCUCCCCGUGGUGCUCCAGACCCCCUCCCCCCCAAGUUCACGAGUUACGCGAGUGGACCGGCGGCGCGGGACCCGCGCGGGGCCAUGGAGGAGCCGCUAGGGUCGCCGCCUGCCGCCCUGUCGGCGCUGGAGAAGAACGUGGCGGAGCUGACCGUCAUGGAUGUGUACGACAUCGCGUCGCUCGUGGGCCACGAGUUCGAGAGGGUCAUCGACCAGCACGGCUGCGAGUCCAUCGCGCGCCUCAUGCCCAAGGUCGUGAGGGUCCUGGAGAUCCUCGAGGUGCUGGUGAGCCGGCACCACGUAGCACCCGAGCUGGACGAACUGCGCCUGGAGCUGGACCGGCUGCGCGUGGAGAGGAUGGACCGCAUUGAGAAGGAGCGCAAGCAUCAGAAGGAGCUGGAGCUGGUGGAGGAUGUGUGGCGGGGUGAGGCGCAGGACCUCCUGUCCCAGAUUGCCCAGCUGCAGGAGGAGAAUAAGCAACUGUUGACCAACCUCAACCACAAGGAUGUGGGCUUCUCUGAGGAGGAGUUCCAGAAACAGGAAGGCAUGUCAGAGAGGGAGCGGCAGGUGAUGAAGAGGCUGAAGGAAGUGGUGGACAAGCAGAGGGACGAGCUCCGAGCCAAAGACAGGGAGCUUGGCCUGAAGAAUGAAGACGUCGAGGCUCUGCAACAGCAGCAGACGAGGCUAAUGAAGAUCAACCAUGACCUUCGACACCGGGUCACAGUGGUGGAGGCCCAGGGGAAGGCCUUGAUUGAGCAGAAGGUCGAGCUUGAGGCAGAUCUGCAGACCAAGGAGCAGGAGAUGGGCAGCCUGCGGGCAGAACUCGGGAAGCUGAGGGAGAGGCUGCAGGGCGAACACAGCCAGAACGGGGAGGAGGAGGCCGAGAUACAGCUGCAGCCGGAUGGAGAGGAGUACAUCUCAGACUCAGAGAAGGCUGCCCUGGACCUCAAGGACCCCAACCGCCCUCGGUUCACGCUACAGGAGCUGCGGGAUGUGCUGCAUGAGAGGAAUGAGCUUAAGUCUAAGGUGUUCCUGCUGCAGGAGGAGCUGGCCUACUAUAAGAGUGAAGAAAUAGAAGAGGAGAAUCGAAUACCCCAGCCUCCGCCCAUCAUACACCCAAGAACAUCCCCCCAGCCGGAGUCUGGGAUCAAGCGACUGCUCUUUACAGCCGUCAUGCCCAUGGUGGCUGCUGGACUGAUCCUUGACGACCCCACGCUGCAGCCUGUGCGAAGACUCGUGUCCCUCGUUUAGCUUUUUCUCCCGGGACAAGAAGCGCCUGGCCAACACGCAGAGACCCACGCACAUCCAUGAGUCCUUUGGUCAGUGGGCAAAUACUCACCGAGACGACGGGUACACAGAACAAGGACAGGAAGCCUUACAGCACCUGUGACUGUGCCCCCUCCUGAACCGCCUGCCGCCUGCUCCGGGUGGCUGCCUCAACAUCGACCCCUCAAACGAACUGUCUGCUUUGAGGGUGGAUGAUGAAGAACUGAUGCCAGAAUCUAAAGAAGUGUUUAUUUAUCUGCAGGGCUAUCCGAUUUAUACUCAAUGCCUCCGACCCCUUAGGACCUAUAUUUAAUAAGACAAGGAUCUGAAGCCAGACCUCAUUAAUUUUAGUAACAAGCUUCCUAAGCUGAUCACUUACCACUAUCAUGGCUAUUUGACUCCUAGGUUUAGUUUUUUUGUUUUGUUUUCUUAGGGCCUUUGUCAUGUUAGUGAGAGGCAGUGGACGGGUGUUUUAUAUUAUGAAGUGGCCCUGGAGGUAGCAGGUUGUGUGGACUGGACAGGUGGAGCCUCUAGUCACAGGAUGAGCCACCCAACUGGGAUGGGACACAAUAGCAAAUCAUCACAGUCCCCCCAGCCACGGGCUGGAAAAAGCGCAGGCUAGAGGCCCAAGCAGCCUGUCCGAGGUGGUGUGCCUUGGAAUCUGCUGUGAGCACCACAGUAGUACUAACCAAACAGAGUUGUUUAGGAUGA